AUGAAGUUUUUCGCGCCCCUCACCGCUGCCUGCUGCGCACUCCUUGUGUCCACCACGACCAAGUCCCUCGACGCACUCUACGCCGACGCCAUCGCCGAAGGAGGCAACCUCGUCAUGUACCACGGAGGAGACUUCGCGCUGCAGCAGGACAGGCGCUUCCCCGACAUCAACUUCACGCUCAUCAUCGACUACAGCAAGUACCACGACGUGCGCAUCGACAACCAGCUCGAGACCGACUCGCUCGUUCCUGACCUCGUGGUGCUGCAGACACUGCAGGACUUCCCUCGCUGGGCUCGGGAGGGCAAGCUGCUCGAGUACAAGCGUGCCAACUUCUCGCAGGUCUACGACGGCUACUGCGACCACCGCGGCGCCUACAUGGCCUACAUGAGCAUCACCUUCAGCUACCUGUACGACGAGACCGCGCUGGGCGGACAACCCGCGCCCAAGUCGGUGGCCGACCACGUCGACCCGCGGUGGGCCGGCAAGAUGUUCAUGUACGUGUGCUACGUGCAGAAGUACGGCUGGGACUGGGUCAAGAACCAGGACGUCAUGUUCCGCCGCGGCUCCAUCGCCAGCGACGCGGUGACGGCCAAGGACAAGGUGCGGAUCGCCAUCCUCAAGAAGGCCAGGCACCCGACCGCCGACAAGCUCUUCAUGAACUGGGCCAUCUCCGAGGAGGUGCAGAAGACGGUCGUCACCGAGAACGUGCGCGUGGACCUGGCGCCCAACAGCGGCUCGAGCCACCCGUGGGAGAUCGACAUUGCCAACGUGGACGAGUUCCCCAAGUUCAUGGCCGACCGCGAGGCGGUCGAGGCGUGGAAGCAGACGUUCUAG